AUGCUACGCUUUUCAUUGGUGUGCCGCCGGUACCCAUUUAAUAAGCGAGGACCUCGUGAGCACAAGUCUUGGAAGCACCAUGUCCUAAGUGAGCCUCCAAAGCCCCUGCAGUGGCGUGAUCCUAAGGUUUGGACGAAUAAUUUGAGUGAAAUGAAGAGCUUCGAUCCUCCACAAUGGGAUCUAUGGCUCAAUCGAGCACGCUCUGAGGACAUGGAUGAGGCGCUUCAGCCUUUUAUGGAUAUGCCUCAAUCCCUUAAAGAUCGACGUUAUGAUGUACCGUGGUGGGCAAACCCUUUUGGGGCCUGGUAUCUCCAGAAUGUACUUUCAGUUGAGCUGUUGAAGCUGCCAAGUCGGACUAAUGCUGAGAAAAUAGCCAUUUAUAGAAGCCAAAGAAACGCAUCCAUAGAAAGUCAGGGAACGGUCUCACCUGUAAGCGAUGAUGUGCUCAUUAAGAACAUUAUAAAGGAGCGGUGGCGGACGCUAGAGUUUGGUGAUCGUGAGGCUGGAUUUCCCUGUACAUUUAGUGACUAUAUUCAAUUUCUGAACGAGUGGUUUAAGUCUUUAGAUGAGGAAGGCAUGCAGCGCUUACGCGAACAUUUUGAUCGUCGCAUUCGUCCUCUUCUUGCAGUUAUGACCCAUGUAGAUUUGUUAUGGCUUGAGGCGCUUACGCAGAACAACACACAAAAUAAAGAGCUAUUAGAGAGGCGCAUAGGCUUCCAAACCUCUUUGGGCACACCAGAGUUUUUUGACAUGUCCAAACGGCUUCGGUACGAAAUAAAUGAAGAUUACAAAGUGCGCGAUGAGGUGGGACCAGAGCUCUUUGCGUUGUGGAGCAAGGCUCCUGAGCGAUGGCCCCCCGAGCGACUGGCGAAGAUGUAUGGCCUAGAUUUUACACUUGUGCGUAAGAUCUUAGUCUGGCAUCACUUUAAGGCGUGUUACGAUGCGUGUGUGGAGCCAGACUGGUCACUGCCCAAACGUCUUUUUGCGCUCGAAUGGAUUCGUGAUGUACGUGCAAGAAAGCAAGGGAUGUUCUACGGUAAAAUGCGCUUUGCAGAGCAGAAAAUAACAUUCUACAGCGAUAAGUUUCUUUUCCGAGAUCUGGUCAACCGCCGUGAGGCUAGCUAUGCCAACGUAUGGGAAAUGGAUGAUCCUUAUCGUUUUUUACAAACUGAACAGGAUUAUGAGGACUAUUGGGGUGAUAAUUAUGAUGUUUACCGCCGUAUGUUUCCCGAAAUGAUUGGGCGCACUGGUGAGCCAGUGCAGCAGUAUAGCCAAAUGCCGGUAUGGGCCGGCCCACAUCGUGAUCAUGCUAACAAAUCCGAAUACAACUGGAUGUUUGCAGAGAUUGGUGUUAAUGUAGGCCACGAGCCCUUGAAGAAGCUUGAGCUGGAUCCUACAAACGAGAAAAGGCGUCGGUUCGUGAUUCGUCAGCCGGACGGCUCGCUCCGAUCGGCAAAGAUGUCAGAGAUGCGCGCGUGGUACUGGAAGGAAGAAUGGGCGGACUUCCGCUUUUGGGUCCCUAAUAUGGAGUGGGGCAUCGAAAACACUCCUUCCCAGGAGCAAUAUCAAGAGCAUGUACCCGAUACAGCUGAUGCGGACUUCCGCAAGCAGCGACGCAUUCAAUCCCGUCCGGUCAAAUGGUUUUAUGAAAGCCAUUACACACGAACUGGAAGCUUUGCGGGAUUUGAACCUACACGUUUUAUGCAGCGAGGAACUAAGCGUGAGGUUCGAUGGCCUGAUGUGAUAAAUGCAGCUGUGCAAAUUGAAAAAUCUAAACCUAGCGCUCACGUCUUCAAAGCGAUUCCUGAAAUUUAG